AUGAGGUACGUGGGCAACAACGCCUUCCGCACCACUUCUGCUGAGAAGCGGGAGUUGGAGCGCCUGGCCUCGUACGACUACGAGAAGAUCCGAAAGGCGGGAGAGGUUCAUCGCCAGGUGAGGAGGUAUGUCCAGUCCUACGUGAAGCCCGGGCUCAAGAUGACAGACAUCUGCCAACGCCUCGAGCGAAAGACGCACGAGCUAGUCGCAGCGAAUGGCCUGGAGGCUGGCUGGGGCUUUCCCACUGGCUGCUCCCUGAACUGGGUUGCGGCACACUACACGCCCAACUACGGGGAUGAGACAGUCUUGCAAUACGACGAUGUUUGCAAGCUGGACUUCGGUGUCCAAGUAGGUGGGCGAAUCGUCGACUGCGCCUUCACCAUCGCCUUCAAUGAGAGGUACGACCCCCUGAUCGAGGCCACCCAGGCAGGCACCAACACCGGUGUCAAGAUGGCGGGCAUCGACGCUCGCUUCUCGGAGAUUGGGGCGGCCAUCCAGGAGACCAUUGAGUCCUACGAGAUUGAGCUGAACGGAAAGACCUUCCCCAUCAAGCCCGUGCGGAACUUGAACGGCCACUCCAUCGGGCCGUACCAAAUCCACGGGGGCAAGUCGGUGCCUAUCACGAAGAACCAGGAGUCCACCAUCAUGGAGGAGGGCGAGUUCUAUGCGAUCGAAACCUUCGCAUCCAACGGCAAGGCCUACGUGGUGGAGGAUUUGGAGUGCUCCCACUACAUGAAGAUCUAUGACGCGCCCCACGUGCCGCUUCGAGUAAAGAGUUCCAAGGCGCUGCUGCAUGCCAUCGAGCAGAACUUUGGCACUCUCGCCUUCUGCCGGCGGUGGCUGGACGACCUGGGCCAGACCCGACAUCUCAUGGCCUUGAAAAAUCUGGUGGACAACGACAUUGUGCAGCCUUACCCUCCGCUGUGCGAUGCCAAGGGCUCGAGAGAUUGA